UCUCAAACAUUCAGCUCAAGUUUCAACAACAUCAACAACAAAUCACCUCAACCUUAGGGGUUAAUUCUCAAGACUUGCGCUGUUUUAGGCUCCCAGUAUACACGGCGCUCGUAUCCUUGUGGACAUCUCAUCACCGCGGUGAAUCGUCUUAGUUCUUUAGCGAAGGUUUUGAAGCCGCUGUUGACGUCUUGGAUCAUCGGCAAGUGAUAACGGUAGUGUUUGUAUGCCACGACGGGACACAAUGUCUGAUGAAAGUCAUCUGGAAGAGCACAUCAAAGAGAAGCGCAGUGUGCGUAUGAGGACACGUGCGCUGGUGUGGAACAGCAGGCUGUGUGUGAUGGCGGUGCUGUGUACGGUGAUCUUUGUUUCCAUAGCGGUUCUCCAGUGCAUUGGGAUAGCAUUCUUCACGAAGGGAUUCUUGUUAUCCCGACAAGUGCUGGACAACUACUCCACCGUGGCGGAUGAUAUUUACGAGGGCGCUUCGUCGCUGCGUAACUUCGACAAGGCCAUCGUCGUGAUCAUCGAUGCUCUGAGGUUUGACUUUGUGAUACCUGACGAGGGCUCCAGUAAGCCCUACCAUAACAACAUACGUCUACCGUAUGAACUGACACAGCAGUACCCUGAGAACUCUGUGCUGCUGAAAUUCAUGGCGGACCCUCCAACGACGACGUUACAGAGGCUGAAGGGGUUGACAACGGGAUCUCUUCCGACGUUUGUCGAUGCAGGGUCGAACUUUGACGGUGACGUGAUCGAAGAGGACAAUCUCAUCAAGCAAUUGUAUCACAACAAUAGAUCCAUAACGUUUGUCGGCGAUGACACGUGGAAGGCGCUCUUUGGUCCCUUCCUGAAUACGUCGUACCCAUAUGAUUCGUUGAAUGUGUGGGACUUGCAUACCGUGGAUAACGGGGUAAUUGACCAUUUCGGACCACUUCUUCAGAGCGAGCAGCAGAAAUCAUGGGACGUUCUAAUAGGUCAUUUAUUGGGCGUGGAUCACUGUGGCCAUAGGUAUGGGCCAGAUCAUUAUGCCAUGGCUGAGAAACAGCAGCAGAUGGAUUCUUUUCUACAGAGCAUUGUCGAUUCUAUGGAUGAUGAUACGCUGCUGAUUGUGCUCGGUGAUCACGGUAUGGAUAGAACAGGUAACCAUGGUGGUGACUCUGCAGAAGAACUUGAGGCUGCACUUUGGUUAUACUCAAAGAAAAGGGCAUUCCAUCAGCUGCAGAACCAAGAUUCUUAUGACAUCAGAAGAAAUGGAGCCAAUUAUAGAAAGGUCAAUCAGAUCGAUUUGGUUCCUACGUUUUCACUGUUACUGGGCAUUCCGGUUCCAUUCAACAACCUUGGUGCGCCAAUUGAGGAGGCAUUUGCUGAGUCUUCAUUGUAUCUGAAAGCUGCAAAGUAUACACUCGAACAGAUUCAUCGUUAUAGACAACACUCCACGUCACUAAUGGAUGAUGAACUCAUUAAUUCAAAGUUCAAACAGGCCCAAGAGUCCUGUACAGAUGAAAACUUUUCUCAGCUUUUCCAAGAUUACCAAAAUGCAUCACUUGAGAGAUGUAAAGAUUUGUGGGCUAGAUUUGAUAUGAUCAGUAUUGUUGUUGGGAUUGUUCUCAUUUUCUUAUCGAUUAUCAUCUUAAUCGUUUACUUCAAAAUGAUCCCAAGUGUGGUGAUGACACAACUCUCAGAGGAAAUAGUCCCCUCAAUAAUAGCAAUGACGUCGCUCCUGACUGUUAUUGCAAUUUCAAUCUCAUUGAUUUUAAAACCUUCAUUCAUGACAUUGCCUUGGUGUACGAUGUUGGGUGCAGCACUUGGGAUUGUCUUUGGGUUUGCUGUUCCAAUAUUUGAUCGAUACAGUUGGAUAUGGUUGUUUUAUUCCUUCUUGGAUAGAUUUGGGGGAUUUUGGACAUUAGUUGCCUUGUUCUUCUCAUUCCUGCAUUUGGCUAUAUUCGCAUCUAACUCGUUUACAAUUUGGGAAGAUCGCAUUUUGGGCUACCUUCUAACCACUUUUGGUAUAUUGGCUGCCUGGAAAUCAUCGCUUGCUGACUCGUCGGUUAAGAGAAUCAUGGGUAUAUACCACUCCGUGUCAUUUAUGGUGAUCACAAGGUUGGCUUCGUUGAUCACAAUUUGUCGUGAGGAGCAGGGAACAAUGUGUACACCAAACUAUGACGUUUCUUCUUGGACUAUUGUGAUGCUCUUCAUACAAACAUUCGUGUUCCCAUCUAUUAUCAAAGCAUUUUACGACAUAUCUGGCUCAUAUCAGAGUGCAGCACCAACGUGGAACAGAGUUUUCAGACUUAUUCUUCUGAGUAUUGCGCUCUAUUGGGGUCUUGAAUGGUUUGAACGUCAUCAAUACGAGUUGACGUAUGAUUUCGUCAAGCGCAUCAGUCUCUCCUCAGUGCACACUACAAAGUUCACCUUGGCUCGUAUCAUUGCCGGUACAACACUGGUUGCGGCCAAUGUUGGAUGGUCAAGAGGUCCUCUGUGUGUGGGACUUGAUGUUAAAAACCGUGAAACGAAAGAAGUUGUUAUCCUUGGUUACCAAAACGUUUACGGAUCGCAAUACUUCCUUUUAAUGAUGAACAUUAUAGCGAGCGUGAUGCUGUUCACCAAACCAAUGGGCCAAUUUGCCAUAUUUUUGAUGGUUUACCAGCUAUUAUCCUUUGUUGAGCUUGUUGACAUUCUUGAAAUACGCUCCAACUUGAUCUCGCCAGUAAUCGUUGGGCUUCUCGGGUGGUUCUAUUUCUUCUCUACGGGGCACCAAGCAACGAUUGCCUCGAUCCAAUGGGAGCUGGGAUUCACACUUGUCGACACCAUCGUGUUCCCAUUCUCACACAUCCCAAUCUUCCUGAACACAUUUGCAUCCUUCCUCAUCGCUACAGCUGCUAUUGCUCUUGUCACCAUAUGGAAAAUCCCACCAAGCACAAAGCCAGUCGCCCUCUAUGCCAAGAUAAUCGAAAACUGUGGUACACUGCUCGCUUAUCAAUCAGUGAUCACGCUAAGCACGUUGAUCUUUGCCACAGUUUUCAGAAGACACUUGAUGGUUUGGAAGAUCUUUGCACCGAGGUUUAUGAUUGCAGGCCUAGUACAGAUCGUCGUUAACGUUGUACUUAUUCUGAUCCCUGUCGGCUUUGCAAGCGGGAAACUCAUAAUACAGAUCAACAGGAUCUUUGGGAAGGGAUCCUGAACCAAACUCAUCAUAUAAAACACUUGCAUUGGACGAACAAGACCACAGAGUUAUCUACGUGUAUUAAUAUAGAAAGAGAGCUCUUCUUUAAGUACUUUUUGGUAGGCGC